GCACUUUUCUAUUCACUUUCACACACACUUGGAAUAAUUUCUUUUACCCUUCCCUCCGCCUACUCCACCCUCCUCCUCUUCUUGCUGCUUCAUUUUGCACCUCUUCCGCUCAUAGACAUAUCCUCCAGCUGCUCAGGAUUCUAGCCAGCAAUUCAUCCCCGUCAAUAUCCGCUAGUACAGCUCAAUCAACACCAAUGGCUACCAAAACCGCCGUCGUGGACAAAUUACCUUCGGCGGAAGAGGUCAAAGAAGAUGUGAAGGCAGCAACUAAAUCCUCCUUCCAAUCCCUCCGCGCUCUGGCUGCCGGAGGUGUGGGAGGUGUUUGCGCUGUUAUUGUCGGUCACCCUUUCGAUUUGGUCAAAGUCCGUCUUCAGACCUCAGAAAAGGGCGUGUACAGUGGCGCGAUGGAUGUCGUGAAGAAGACAGUUGCGAGGGAAGGUCUUGCACGAGGAUUGUAUGCCGGUGUUUCUGCACCGCUCGUCGGUGUGACGCCCAUGUUUGCGGUAUCCUUCUGGGGAUAUGAUGUUGGCAAACAGCUUGUUUCUUCCUUCUCCGAGGUCAAAGAUAAUCAGUUUUCCGUCGCCCAAAUAUCUGCCGCCGGCUUUUUCAGCGCAAUCCCCAUGACAUUGAUCACUGCACCUUUCGAGCGCGUCAAGGUGUUGCUUCAGAUUCAGGGCCAGAAGCAACUCGCACCUGGCGAGAAGCCCAAAUACUCGGGAGGUGUGGACGUUGUCAGGCAGCUGUACAAGGAGGGUGGCAUUCGUUCCGUGUUCCGUGGUUCGGCCAUGACCUUGGCAAGAGAUGGUCCCGGUUCUGCCGCGUACUUUGCGACAUACGAAAUCGUCAAGAGGAAAUUGACCCCCAAGGACCCCGAUACUGGCAAGCCAGGCGAAUUGUCAUUGUCGGCCGUUAUGGUUGCUGGUGGUGCUGCAGGUAUUGCAAUGUGGAUCCCGGUCUUCCCAAUUGACACUGUCAAGUCACGACUGCAGUCUGCCGAAGGCCGACCAACCAUCAGCGGUACGAUCAAAGGCAUCCACGCAAGCGGUGGCCUAAAAGCCUUCUUCCCAGGUAUCGGGCCCGCAAUGGCGCGUGCCGUUCCCGCCAAUGCGGCAACCUUCCUCGGCGUGGAGCUCGCACACAAGGGCAUGCGCAAGAUGUUUGAUCGCGACGGCGAGUAGACGAAACGUUUCCAUUACUUUUCGCGAACGCAAACAGGUCGAUAUAUCUACGCGUUUAUGCACACCAUAUUUCCUUAUCUCACGAAAUCUCAUAUGGAUUGAAUUGCGAUGACAAAAGUCAAGAUGCUUGCGGAGGGUUAGACGUCGAAGACAUGGCAUGGCAUCAUGGCGUUUUCUUCUUCUAUUUCCUUGAAUAUCUCUCUGAUUUUGGUUCUUGAUAUCCUCCUGGAUCUGCUAUUUUCUUCUAUGUUCAUUUUAUUUUUCAACGCCAUUCUAUUGAUUUCGCAUCCUGCGCUGCGGCAACGCGAUGCUGGCCUGUUUCUCCCGUUCAACGCUUUAGACGAAUUCUCGUAGAUACUGGGUGCGCGCUCAAAGAAUAUCGACUUGUACAUUAUAACAACCUCACGAAGUCUUUUCAAGUUGACGCUCUGUAUUCUGUCCUCGGUCAUCGUUCUCGCUAGGUG